ACCGGUUGCGCCAUCAGCCUUUCCUUCCACACUUUGCCAUGUCCCACAAGCAGCAAGGAUCAGCACGAAAAUUAUCCCCAGAUACCGUGACAUAUCGUUUGGAUGGAGAGAUGGUUUAUGUGCCACCAGCCUCUGAUCACCAGGGAGCUGUCGCCAUCGCAGUCCAACAAUUCCCGGAUAAGCUUGGAACCAUAGACCACGGGAAUAUCUCCUUCUGCAUCAACUCAGUGCUACACCACGAGACGAGGAAGGUCCGAAUAUCCCCCAUGUCAUGGUCCACGGUGAUCUCGACCUUGGCGCGCUACGAAAUCAUCGAUAUCGUCGUCCAGCCCAAAGUGACCGUGGAAGCCCCCACAGAAGCCCCUCCGCAAUAUGCGAGCGAGGAGGACGAAGUGUCGGAUACCAAGAAUGGGACAUAUCUGGAACAGUCUACAUCAAAACAACGAUCGACUUCUCCAACCCCUUCGCAGAGUAGUAAUCAUUCAGAUAAAACAAUGCGAAAGGGUUGGAUAGAAAGACUGCGGUCGUAGUGGGUGAUAGAGGAAGACUGCUCGCAGUCGUUGAUAUGGGAAGAUUGCAUUCGUAGCAGACAACAUUAUACCCACAUUCCUAGAGCGCAUGCCCGUCUUGAAUUGGCACCAUCCACAAACUCGGCUUGAGUCGGACCAUUCUGUAUGAUUUUGUAUCUUCCCCGAUAAUCCGUACUUAGUUCGAUAUUGCAGCGCAAUCACGAACUACAUACCU